GAGAGCAGGGUUCCACUUCGUAUUCACAGUUCCUCUAAGAAUUGUGCGCAAUAUGAAGAUGUGUUGGACUUUGCUUCUCUUUGCUCUGUUUCUGAGCCUCACUUCCCACAAUGCCUUCUCUCACACUCUUCACAACAACAAGCCUGCUGUUGUUGUCGGCACUGUGUUCUGCGACACUUGUUCCCAACAACGCCUCUCCAAGUCUACCUAUUUCAUCUCAGGAGCCAUUGUUGCAGUUGAAUGCAGAGACCAUACAACCUCUGAAACCAAUUUCAGACAGCAAGCGAAGACCAACAAAAAUGGAAAUUUCAAAGUAGUCUUGCCAUUCUCUGUGCAAGAACACACCAACAAAAUGGAAACCUGUUCUGUAAAAAUGAUCAAAAGCAGUGACCCCUUCUGCUCUGUACCCUCCUCUGCUACUUCCUCUUCUCUAAAACUGAAGAACUCUAAGAUCAGAGAUGGCACCAGGGUUUUCUCAGCUGGGUAUUUCGCUUUCAAGCCAUUGAAACAGCCCACUUCGUGCAAUCGGAAGAACACCGACAUUUUGAAAUCCAAACAAGUGAACCCUCAGCUUCCUUUUCCGCCGAUUGUUCCGCCGGUUAUUCAGCCGCCAUCGAUUCUGCCGCCCAACCCUCUGCAGCCGGCGCCGCUGAUCCCGAACCCGUUCCAGCCGCCAGCUCCGUUGAUUCCGAUCAUUCCUAUGCCGCCGUUGCCAAUUUUAACACCGCCGUCUCCUCCGCCGACGGUGUUGCCGCCGUUUAUACCGCCAUUUCUGCCGCCGAUCCCUGGUAUUCCGUCUGGUCCGCCAAGAGUGAAAAAGAUUCCAUGAAGGAUGAUUUAUGAUUUUAUUUGUAGUGAUGUGAAGAGGUGUGAUGGUGGGGAGUAAGAAGUAGAAUAUCGGAAAUAAGUGGAGGAACACAAUAUUGGGUUUUUUCUAAUACUAUUUAAACUUUGAAUCAGAAUUUGAAGUA